GGAGUAAAUAUUUGUUAGCAAUGUCAACAACACAAUCAAACUCACAUUGUAGUCUCUACAAGCUAAAAUCAAACUUUAAAACUCUAAUUCUAGAAUGAAAUAUAAAAAUCCACAAAUAAAUCCCAAUAAAAGAAGAGAUACAACCAAAAAAUAUCCAAAACGCAGACUCAUCCCGAAGAGAGAUGACAGAGAACGGGUUUGGCCUUGUUGAGACAGAGAGACGUCCUCGCCAAGACGCAAACAAACCCCACAGAAGAGCCAGACCUGAGACAGUAAAGCCCAGCCACAAUGAGCAACGACGUGGAAAUCCAGGAAGGAGAGGCGGAAAACAACACCAGCGACUCCCAGAAACCGGAGAAAAUGUUCACACUGAAGAAGUGGAACGCCGUGGCCAUGUGGAGCUGGGAUGUGGAGUGUGAUACUUGCGCGAUCUGCAGAGUGCAGGUCAUGGAUGCUUGUCUCAGGUGCCAGGGUGAGAAUAAACAGGACGACUGUGUAGUUAUCUGGGGAGAGUGUAAUCACUCCUUCCACAAUUGCUGCAUGAGUUUGUGGGUUAAGCAGAACAACCGAUGUCCUUUAUGUCAGCAAGAAUGGUCCGUGCAGAGAGUCGGGAAAUAGUGCUUUAUGUUGUUGAUAUUUAGCCCUUUUCUUUUCCCAUGGCCUUGUGUAUCAGUGUUUGUGUCUGAGUGUAAGAUAAUCGGAGUGAAUUUUGAGGAAUUGCUCUUUGAAAGAAUGUUUCGCGUCAAAUGUGGAAUGUCGCUUGGUUUAUGAGGGUGAUUGUGUUUAUAGUAAACCGAACAGCUUUGUAUCCAAUUUCCUUUUGCUUUUUGUUAUAAUCAAUGUAUUUUUUUCUUUUUUGAAAUAAGUGGUAAUUAUUAAAUAUCAGAGACUGUUUGUAUUUUAUUUGUGAAAAAAAAUCUUUGAAUUGUCUACAUUACUGGGAAUAAACCAUUUUUAUAUUGGAAAGUGAUACUUUUCAUUAAGGUCAGUCUGUUCACAAAAAAGAAGUGAUAGCAAGUUUGUAUUUAAUGAACAAUGUGAUAUCAAUAUCAAUGUUUGAAAACCUUUUGGUUUUCAUUUAUUAUAUUCAUUGCAUACAUUAGGAAGAGGAGGAAGGUUGUGAAGUUUGGCAGUUAUAUGUUCUCAUUUUCUAUAUUAACAAAGGAACUUGAAAUUAAGAAGCAGAUGUUAUAAUGUAAUUCUUCCAUGCAAUAAUAAAGUGUAAAUUUAUC